GAUUUUUUUGAGAGUUGAGAGAGAACAGUGAAGGCGCCUAAACUUUGUUCCUCAAUACAAAUACAAGGCGAAAUGUUUCAUUCAUGAAUCAUCUGGGUCUGUUCCCAAUUUUGAAAUGGAAGGGUCACCGGCUUGCCCGAGUGUUGAGAAGCAGCUUCCGUCGAUUCAGGACGACGCUAAUGCAUGGUGUUUUUUAAAUUAAUAUUUUCUCCAUUUCGAGCUUCGUGAAUUUCUAUCCGUUUCUCUGUUUCUGAUUGCUUUUUGGUUGAAACCCAAUCUGAUUUUGUGGUAGUUCAAAGCACGAGGCCUUUGGAAUGUGAACUUGAAUCUCGUUUUGUCUGUAUGUUUCUGGGUAUUUAAGGUGUUUGUGAAAAUGCCGCUGAGGGAAUUGUUCUUGGAAAAGACGUUUUUUGUUUUGAAAAACACGGCUGUUUGAUUGUACUCUUGUGGAAAGUAUUUGGGUUUUUUUGGGGAGGGAAAAUGGAAAAGGGUUACAUCUAUGGGCUAAAGAGUAUGGAGGAAGAUGAGGAGCUAAAAAUGGUGUCUUCUUUGCCUUCAAUUCCUCAGCCUCGAACUCCACGAGAGCCUAUGGAGUUCUUGGCAAGGACUUGGAGUCUCUCGGCUUCUGAGAUUACAAAAGCCCUUGCUCAAAAGCAGAAGCCACUUCACAUUGAAAGGAGCCGCAUCACAGUUCCCGAGGCUAUUGUUGCCCCACCACUCCCAGGAAAGAUUGUGAGUGCUUGGAGGGUAGGAUCAUUUGGAAAAUGGUUUAACUUUCCUCACAAAGAGGCUGGUAAUAGUAUUGUCAAAAAGAAGGACAGGGCAAGAAUUGAAAAUGCUAGAGUUCAUUCUGCUUUAUCUGUGACAGCACUUGCUGCCGCCUUGGCUGCCGUGGCCGCAGCAGAGAAGUCUGAUUCCAAAAUGGGCAUGGCUCUGGCCUCAGCUACUGAGAUUUUGGCAUCACAUUGCAUAGAGAUGGCUGAAUUCUCUGGCGCUGACCAUGAGCAGGUCAGUUCGGUUAUCAGCUCAGCAGUUGAUGUCGAGAGCCCUGGCGACCUCAUGACCUUAACAGCUGCGGCUGCCACAGCUUUGCGAGGAGAAGCCGCUUUCAGAUCCAGAUUACUGAAGGAAGGCCGAAAAAUAGCUUCUGUGAGUCCUUAUGAUAGGAUAAUGGCUCAGAAUCAUUGGGCUACCGCUUUUAGUAGCCAUAUGGAGGAGCAGGAGCUUCCCUGUGUGGGUGAAUUGCUGCAGUUUACACGGAAAGGAACCCUGCGAUGGAAGGAAGUAUCUGUCUACAUCAACAAGAAAUCUCAGGUUGUAGCAUCGAUUAAAAGCAAGCACGUUGGAGGGACUUUUUCCAAGAAAAACAAAUGUGUUGUUUACGGGCUCUGCGACGAAACAUCUUCAUGGCCAUACGUAAGAAAGAGAGACAUAUUGAACGAGGUCUAUUUCGGCUUGAAAACCGCGCAAGGUCUUCUAGAGUUCAAGUGCAAGAACAAGAUCCAUAAACAGAGCUGGGUUCAAGGGAUUCAAAGCCUUCUUCAUCGAGUUAACUGCAUCGAAACAACGAGAUCAUUACAGAUUUUGAGUUUUAAUGAGAGUAUAUAAAUCACUUGUUCAUUUGGUACACGCACAUAUGUACA